AUGGAGCAAAGUAAAAGCCGAAGUUCGCAGCGUGUGUGGGGCAAAAUGGUCUGCUCGUGCAUGCUGCUAUGGCUUAUCCCUGUAUAUUAUUUAUUGAGAUGGUUCUGGGAGCUCCUGAAAAUUGAUAAGCUUGAAAAACGAGCCGUGCUAAUCACCGGAUGUGAUUCCGGAUUUGGUUUCAAAACUGCACUUCAAUGCUCUCAUGCUGGGAUCCCGACUUUUGCUGGAUGUUUGACGCAAGGGGGCAUUGACCGACUAAAAAAAGAAGACAGCUCCUCCAAACUCCGCCCAUUUUUACUCGACAUUACCAAGGACGAAUCGGUUGCUGAUGCCGUGAAAUUUGUUGACGCCAAUUUGAAGGAUGGAGAGUUCCUUUGGGCCCUCGUCCAAAACGCUGGGGUUUUCACCCUCUAUGGCCCUGACGAUUUCAUGACCGCCGAACACUUCCAAUUCUCCUUCGAUGUUAACUGCCUGGGAGCCAUUCGGGUUACUCACGCCUUCAAACGUCACAUCAAGAACUCAAAGGGCCGUAUCAUCGCUACUUCAUCCGUAUCUGGAAGAGUCGCUUUCCCAGGAACAGCCGCUUAUGCGGUUGCGAAAUAUGGUGUUGAAGCCUAUAUGGACGCGAUUAGGCAAGAACUCUACCCUUGGGGAGUACAAUGCUCCAUUCUUGAGCCCGGUGCCUUCAAGACUCCACUUCUGGACCAUGAAAUGCAUAGAAAUCGCGUGAAUAAGGCCUGGGAAAAACUUGACGCCGAGACAAAGAAGGAAUAUGGGGAUUCGUACAAAGAUUUCACCAUCGACAGCUGGAACAAGGCCCUUGACGGUAUGGCUUCAUCAAACUUCAGCUACGUGACCGACAGUUAUUUCCAUGCCAUUACCGCGCAGUACCCCAGAAAAAGGUACCGUUGCGGCUGGGACUCGAUCUUCUUCUACAUUCCAAUUUCCCUUGUCCCGACCGAGGUCCAAGACUGGGUCUUCCGCAUGCUAAUCACCAAGGAAAACAAGAACAACGUGCAACCGGCCUGUUUCUCCGAGAAUAACAAGAACAAA